UUCAGUUGCACAGAAAUAUCUUCAGGCAUGGGAGGUUGUUGAGACAGAAAUAAAGUCCAAAGUGAAAAACAUGGAGAGCAUAACGGAUGGAAAAUGGAACAGCUUACCUGUGAAGCUUCAUGACGGCAUAUCAUCGACACUGAAAAAACUGGGAUUUACAUAUAUGACUCCAGUUCAGUCUGCCUGCAUCCCCCUGUUUAUGAACAACAAAGAUGUUGCUGCUGAAGCGGUGACUGGUAGUGGGAAAACUCUUGCUUUUGUAAUUCCUGUCCUAGAGAUUCUUUUAAAACGUGAAGAAAAGCUGAAGAAAAUGCAAGUUGGUGCUUUGAUCGUCACACCAACACGAGAGCUGGCAAUACAGAUUAGUGAAGUUAUGGGCCAAUUUAUUGAAGAGUUUCCUCAGUUCAGACAGAUUCUUUUGAUUGGUGGAAGCAACCCCAUUGAAGAUGUAGAGAAGUUCAAGACUCAUGGUGCAAACAUCGUGAUUGGAACACCUGGGCGGCUGGAGGACAUGUUCAGGAGGAAAGCUGAUGGGCUUGACCUGGCCAGCUGUGUGAAGGCUUUGGAUGUAUUAGUUCUAGAUGAGGCAGACAGGUUGCUGGACAUGGGCUUUGAAGCAAGCCUGAAUGCUAUCUUGGGAUAUUUGCCCAAGCAGAGGCGCACAGGCCUUUUCUCAGCCACGCAAACUCAGGAGCUGGAGAAGCUGGUGAGGGCUGGCCUCCGCAACCCUGUUCGCAUCACUGUGAAAGAGAAAGGAGUCGCAGCUUCUAGCGUGCAGAAGACCCCGGCGAGGCUGAGUAAUUACUACACAAUCUGUAGAACGGAAGAUAAGUUUAACACACUGGUGGCCUUUCUGAGACAACACAAGCACGAAAAGCAGCUUGUCUUUUUCAGCACAUGUGCUUGCGUGGAGUAUUUUGGCAAAGCUCUGGAAGUCUUGGUCAAAAAUGUCACCAUUCUUUGCAUCCAUGGCAAGAUGAAGGACAAGCGAAACAAAGUCUUCUCUGAGUUUCGGGAGCUAAAGGGUGGGAUACUUGUUUGCACUGAUGUGAUGGCAAGAGGCAUCGAUAUUCCAGAUGUUAACUGGGUGCUCCAGUAUGACCCACCUAGCAGCGCAAGUUCCUUCGUGCAUCGGUGUGGCCGAACUGCUCGUAUUGGGAACCGAGGCAGCGCGCUAGUCUUUCUGCUACCGAUGGAGGAAUCUUAUGUUAAUUUCCUGUCUAUAAAUCAAAAAUGUCCGCUCCAGUUGUAUCCUCCUGUGAAGGAUGUGGUGGAUGUAUUGCCCAAACUGAAGGCUCUGGCGCUUGGAGACAGGGCUGUGUUUGAGAGAGGCAUGAGGGCAUUUGUCUCUUAUGUCCAGGCUUAUGCUAAGCAUGAAUGCAGCCUUAUAUUCCGGAUCAAAGACCUGGACUUUGCAUCUUUAGCUCGAGGCUUUGCUCUUCUUCGCAUGCCCAAGAUGCCUGAGUUGAGAGGCAAGACGUUCCCAGACUUUGAAGAGGUGAUAGACACAGACUUAAUCCGCUUUAAGGACAAGAACCGAGAGAAACAGAGGCAAAAGGUGUUAGAACAGCAAAAGGAGAAAGAAAAAGAGGCACUACCCAGGAAGAACUUUGCCAAGAACAAAGCCUGGUCCAAACAGAAAUCCAAAAAGGACAAAAGGAGAAAGAUGGCUGCCAAACGGAAGUUGGAUGAGGGAUCAGAUAUGGAUGAUGAAGACAUGAACGAGCUUUUGAGUGACACGCGUCUACUGAAGAAGCUCAAGAAGGGAAAAAUCACGGAGGAGGACUUUGAUAAGCACAUGCGUGCAGGGGGGAGUUCAAAGCAUAAAAGAGCAGGACCCUCUCAUGGGUCUAGCUCAGAAGCAGAGGAUGAAUGAACUGUAUUGUAACCUCUGGUUUUAAAUAAACAUGAACUGUUCCAGAAAUCUCUACAUUGCAGACUUACAUAGACGGUCUUUUAAAUCUAAAAAUGCUUUAUCAGCAAAGGACCUGAAUCAGUGAGGUUUAUUAAGAUUAUGCAUAUGUUAUUGUUACUUUUGUAUACCAUUAUUGUAUAUUGUGCACAAUAAUCACAUAGGUAAGGAGGGUAGAUUACAGCGCCUGAGAUCUGCAUAUUGAACAAAACGAGUCUUUUAAGAAUAUGGAUUAAAAAAAAAGGCUUUCCUUUGAUGUGGCCUCAAAGACAUUGGGCCUCAGUCACAAACCUUGCUUAAGAAGAAAUUUCUUCUUAAAACCCACUUAAGCAGUGUUUACAAAAAUUCUGACAUUCCAGAAUGUUUUCUCAUGUGGAAUUUGUUCUGAGGUAAGAACAAAAUCCACACACACUCAAGAGCACAAAGGUGUGAACAGUUCUGUGGUUUAAGAACGUGUCAUGAAUUUAAUGUAGACUUUCUCUAGGACCUUUCUCAAGAACAAAUUUAAGAUAAUCUUUUGUGUUGGUGAAUGAGGCCAGUUGAAGUUCAAGAUUAAAACUAUAAAAUGCCCACCAUGACCCAUUUGCACGCAUCCCAGCAGGGGUGAGAAAUACUUAAGUAAUGUGUGCUUCCUUCCUAUACUAAAGUAUUAUUUUAGAAGAUUUCUACUUUAUUUGAAUAUUAUUGAAUACUUGUACUUUUACUAAGUUUCUAAGAGGAAAAACAUACUUUUUACUUCUUGCAAUUUCAUCUACUCUUUCCAAAUACUUGUUACAAAUUUCAAAAGCCAGGAGAUUUUUCUCUUUCUUUUGCCCUUCAAUUUUUCUUUAAACCGCCAACCAAAUUCUUAUCAUUGCAAAAUGAAACUGCUCGCAACUAUGCUAAUUUGUCUUUGUGUGAGGACCAGUACAACUGAUUAGUCACUGCAUCGCACCCCACCAAAAAGAGAAAAUGUUUCAUUUACUUGUUAGAAUACUGAAAAUAUUGGCAAAAUACUGCUAUUUCUUUGUAUUUCUCUACUUCUCUCCUCUGAGCAUCCUGAUGCUAAAAUAUGUGGGAACAGAAAUCUUUCUUCUGUUUGUUGUGCGAUAUCUUUAUGUUGUACAUGUUUUUUUAUUCAACCCAAUUUCCAAAAAGUUUGGACACUGUGCAAAAUGUAAAUAAAAC